GUAAUUCUGUGUCUCCCGGUUGCUAAGAGACGGGGCUUCCACAAGCCGGACCGAAGUUCUUCUUUUCCUCCGUUUUUCCGUUUCAGCGUCUCCGAAUCCAUGUCGGACCCGGAAACUGAUGUUUUGCGAAGCACCUUUCCCUCUUACAUGGCGGAGGGCGAGCGGCUCUACCUCUGCGGGGAGUUCUCUAAAGCCGCCCAUAGCUUCAGCAACGCUCUUCACCUUCAGAAUGGAGAUAAGAAUUGCCUGGUUGCCCGUUCCAAGUGCUUCCUGAAGAUGGGAGAGUUGGAGAAAUCCCUGAAAGAUGCUGAGGCUUCACUCCAGGGUGACCCGACUUUCUGCAAGGGGAUUUUACAAAAGGCCGAGACCCUGUACACCAUGGGAGACUUUGAGUUUGCCUUGGUGUUCUACCAUCGAGGCUAUAAGCUGCGGCCUGAUCGGGAAUUCAAAGUUGGAAUUCAGAAAGCCCAGGAAGCCAUCAACAACUCAGUGGGAAGUCCUUCUUCGAUUAAGCUAGAGAACAAAGGGGACCUCUCCUUCCUAACCAAGCAGGCUGAGAGUAUGAAAGCCCAGCAGAAGCCUCAUCCUUCGAGACACCUCCUCCACCACCCCAAGAGAGAGUCCAAGAGGAAGGGCUCAUUCAAGAGUGAGAAGAUUGUCCGCCAGCUCCUGGGCGAGCUCUACGUGGACAAGGAGUAUCUGGAGAAGCUCCUACUGGAUGAAGACCUGAUCAAAGGCACCAUCAAGCAUGGCCUGACUGUGGAGGACCUCAUCAUGACGGGCAUCAACUACCUGGACACCCGUAGUAACUUCUGGAGGCAGCAGAAGCCCAUCUAUGCCAGGGAGCGGGACCGGAAGCUGAUGCAGGAGAAAUGGCUGCGGGACCGCAAACGCCGUCCCUCUGAGACAGCCCACUACAUCCUCAAGAGCCUUGAGGACAUCGACAUGUUGCUGACCAGCGGCAGUGCUGAAGGGAGCCUUCAGAAGGCUGAGAAAGUGCUGAAGAAGGUGCUGGAGUGGAACAAAGAGGAGGUGCCCAACAAGGAUGAACUGGUUGGAAACUUGUACAGCUGCAUAGGGAAUGCCCAGAUUGAGCUGGGCCAGAUGGUGGCCGCCCUGCAGAGCCACAGAAAGGACCUGGAGAUCGCCAAGGAAUAUGACCUUCCUGAUGCCAAGUCGAGAGCCCUUGACAACAUUGGUAGGGUUUUUGCCAGAGUUGGGAAAUUCCAGCAAGCCAUUGACACGUGGGAGGAGAAGAUCCCUCUGGCAAAAACCACCCUGGAGAAGACCUGGCUGUUCCAUGAGAUCGGCCGCUGCUACUUGGAGCUGGACCAGCCCUGGCAGGCCCAGAAUUAUGGCGAGAAGUCCCAGCAGUGUGCCGAGGAAGAAGGGGACAUAGAGUGGCAGCUGAAUGCCAGUGUUCUGGUGGCGCAGGCACAAGUGAAGCUGAGAGACUUCGAGGCGGCUGUGAACAACUUUGAGAAGGCCCUGGAGAGAGCGAAGAUUGUCCAUAACAACGAGGCGCAGCAGGCCAUCAUCAGCGCCUUGGAUGAUGCCAACAAGGGCAUCGUCGAAGAGCUUAAGAAAACCAACUACAGGGAGAUGCUCAAAGAUAAGAAAGAGAAAGAAGAGGCCGCUGAACUGGAUAACACAACAGUGAUGGCAAGGGAAAAGGAAACGAGAAGAGGGAGAGAUGAACCCGAGAAGGUGAUGAAACAGUGGGAAAGAGAGCACACUGACAGUGACAAAGAGACAGAAGAUGAGUUGUCUAAGGAAGCCCUGAGGAUCACAGCGAGUGGACAAGAAGAAAACGGGUGGAGAGGAGGAGAAAAAGCCAGCUCCUUACGGCAGAUGGAACUGGGAGCGAUGGGGAGAGAUUCAGAAGACGUUGCCAAGAGACUGUCCAGAGAACUAGGGCUAAGAAGAUCGGGAGAAGCAGGCAGGAAACUAUCAGAAUUGAGUAGAAGGGAAUCAAGAGAAAUUUACAGGAGGCCUUCAGAACUGGACCAAACACUCUCCGAAGAAUUAAGCAGAGGGGAAUCGGAGGGACUAGAGAAGAGACUUUCAGAAGCCGGCGAAAGAGAGUUGGAAGAACUGGGGAAAACAGAAUUGGGAACAGUCAGAGAAAUGAAAAAAUCAGGAAAUGGUGAAAAAAUGGAAAAAGAUGAUGAGGAAGAUGAAUGAAGCCAUUAUUAGUAG